AGGCCGAGCUAAGCGUGCCACGUCCUCACUCUCUCUCUCUCUCCCACAGUCUCGCACCACCAUGCCUGCAAUCCCUUCAUCGCUUCUUCACCUGAAGCCUUUAUUCUUCUCUCUCCCUCGCUUCUCAUCUCCGUCACUCGCUCUCAAUCGCGUUCGCAAAUUCCCAAUCCCUACAAUAAACCCUAGAAGCCUCUCUUCUCUAUCGUCCGCCGCCGCCGCCGCCGCAGCACAGUCCACCGGCGAUAAUGGCAGUGGCGGAGGUAGGUCCGGUGCGCUCGCUCCACCUCCAAUCACCGAAGAGUUGCAGAAAAUCGACGUCAAUCCUCCCAAGGGCACCAGAGACUUCCCCCCCGAGGAAAUGCGCCUCCGCACUUGGCUCUUUCACAAUUUCCGAGAGGUUUCGCGGCUGUUUGGAUUCGAGGAGGUUGAUUUUCCGGUAUUGGAGUCGGAGGCAUUGUACAUUAGAAAAGCCGGCGAGGAGAUUAGGGACCAGCUAUACUGUUUUGAAGAUCGGGGGAACCGUCGAGUUGCAUUGAGGCCCGAGCUCACUCCUUCGUUGGCGAGGCUUGUGAUACAGAAAGGAAAAUCUGUAUCCCUCCCAUUGAAAUGGUUUGCUGUAGGACAGUGUUGGCGUUAUGAGAGAAUGACAAGGGGUCGGCGCCGUGAACACUACCAGUGGAACAUGGAUAUCAUUGGUGUACCUGAGGUUACGGCUGAAGCAGAACUUAUUUCGUCUAUCGUCACUUUUUUCAAGCGAGUUGGAAUUACAGCAUCAGAUGUUGGAUUCAAGGUUUCUAGCCGAAAGGUUCUACAAGAAGUAUUGAGGUGCUACUCUGUUCCUGAAAGUUUAUUCAGCAAGGUUUGCAUAAUCAUAGACAAGAUAGGGAAGAUUCCAGUGGAUGAGAUAAAGAAAGAUUUGAAGUCCGCUGGUGUAUCAGAAGAGGCUGCUGAAGAGCUGUUGCAAGUUCUUUCCAUAAAGUCAUUGACGAAGUUGGAAGAGAUACUUGGAGGUGCUGGGGAAGCUGUUGCUGAUCUGAAGCAGCUGUUCUCCCUUGCUGAAAAGUUUGGUUAUGCUGAAUGGAUUGAAUUUGAUGCAUCAAUUGUCCGUGGGCUUGCAUACUACACUGGUAUUGUGUUUGAGGGUUUUGAUAGGGAAGGAAAGUUGCGAGCCAUUUGUGGUGGUGGGCGAUAUGACCAGUUACUCUCAACUUUUGGGGGCGAUGACCUUCCUGCAUGUGGCUUUGGUUUUGGUGAUGCUGUUAUAGUCGAAUUGCUCAAGGAUAGAGGACUUCUACCAGAACUCAGCCUCCAAAUUGAGAAUAUUGUGUGCGCUCUAGAUGUUGAUCUUCAAGGAGCAGCUGCCAGAGUCGCUAGUAUACUCAGAGAACAAAGCCAGACUGUUGAUUUGGUUUUGGAAAGUAAACCACUUAAAUGGGUGUUCAAACGAGCUGCACGGAUAAAUGCGCACAGGCUGAUACUAGUUGGGAAUUCAGAGUGGCAAAGGGGUAUGGUGGUUGUUAAAAUCCUUUCUUCUGGUGAACAGUAUGAAGUCAAACUUGAUGAACUAGUGUGAUAAGAUUUGACUGUUUUGGCAUUUUGUGCUCUUUGAUUUAUCCUUGAUAGUUAGAUUCAACCUUUGUCAAUUCAAAUUUUAUCUGAAAUUAGGUACUUCCAUUUGUAUUUUCGGUAUAUACAUCAAUGAAAUUAAUUCAAUUCAAA